AUGAUUUUCUCCUUCGAUGCUUGCUUCCAUGCCGGAUGGUCUGACUCGAAUCUUUUUGCAGCCCUGGCCCCUGCUGAGCCUCUGCAUUCACGCACCAUGAUUCAUACGGAUCAUAUGCUCUCGGACUUGUAUCAGGGCUCGUGUAGACUAUGGCAGCUGUAA